CUGCGCGGCCGCAGAGGCUCCGCUCCCUCAGAGCUCCGGCUCCCGCAGCGGCUCCGCCUCGCCGCGAGCCGGCAGCGGGCUGGGACAGCGGCACGGAGCGCCAAGCCACGGCCCGGGGCGGCCGGCGACCGGGCGCAGGAUGUCGGCCGCGUUCUACGUGCUCUCCACGCUGGGUGGAUACGUCCUCACCUCCGCGCUCCUCCUCAAGUGCCCGGGGCUGCUCCACCGGCCCAAGCGGCAGCGCUUUCGCUGCCGGCACAUCUCGCACCGCGGCGGUGCUGGAGAGAACCUGGAAAACACAAUGGCAGCCUUUCACCAUGCAGUGAAUUUGGGGACGGAUAUGCUGGAGCUGGAUUGUCACCUGACAAAAGAUGAGCAAGUGGUUGUGUCCCAUGAUGAGAACCUGAAGAGAUCGACAGGAGUUGAUGUUAACAUAUCUGACCUYAAAUACUCAGAACUUCCACCCUAUCUCUGCAAGUUGGAUGUCACAUUUCAGAAAGAAAGUCAGUGYGAGGGGAAGGACAAUCGUAUCCCGCUCCUGCAAGAGGUGUUUGAGGCAUUUCCAGAAACUCCUGUCAACAUUGACAUCAAAAUGAACAACAACGUGUUGAUCAGAAAGGUCUCAGAGCUGGUGAGUCAGUACAAGAGAGAGCACCUGACCGUGUGGGGGAAUGUCAAUUAUGAGAUUGUAUCCAAGUGUUUCAAGGAGAACUCUGAAAUUCCCAUCAUCUUCUGUGCCCAACGUGUYCUCCUGCUUCUUGGCCUGUUCUACACCGGUCUGCUGCCAUUCAUUCCCUUCAAGGAGGAGUUCUUUGAGAUUCCCAUGCCUUCCAUCAUCCUCAAGCUGAAAGAACCAACGAAGAUGUCAAGAAGCCAGAAAUUUAUUAUCUGGCUGGCUGACACGCUGCUGAUGAGGAAGGCGUUGUUUGACCACCUCACGGCUCGGGGCAUCCAGGUGUACAUUUGGGUACUGAAUGAAGAACAAGAAUACAAGAGAGCAUUUGAUCUUGGAGCUACUGGAGUGAUGACAGACUAUCCAACAAAACUGAAGGAGUUCUUACAUAAUUAUCCAGCAUAAAGGAAGAAAACUCAGARAGUUCUUCUGGAGCAGAUUGUGAGCCAAGGAUUUUCCUCAUUAAGAAAAUAAAUGGGGGCAGCAUGCACAGAUCAUUUAUGUUGGGAAGAUGUAAUUGAUGAUCUGUUACCUUGUUGUCAAGUCACUACCUAAUGUAAAGGUUGCCUAUUUAUUUUAAAACUUUAAUGACAUAGUUUACAUUUGUAAAUAGCUCAUUUAGCAACAGCACACUUCACAAAUGAUGAUGAUUAGGAAGAAAGUUGCCUGAUAAGGUACAUGUAGAUAAUAAGCAUUAUCUUACCUGUCACAAGUGUUCUAAGCAGCUGUCAGGAAUUCAGUUAUUCCAGUUAUAUUCUAGUGAGCAGAAACUGAAGAAUUUCUGAAAGUGUAGCCUGUGUGUUUGCAUUUCUUGUGUUGCUUUUAGAUUUCAGAUCACUUCUAGAGAAAAAAAAUAAAAACAGGCACAGGAGAAAUAGCAAAGCAGACUCUGUGUCUGGGCAGGUAGUGAUAGUGAAGGUGAUCCCUUUUUAGCUAAAGUUAACUCAGUGUAGAUUGAMUCCAUUAUUCUCACUGACAAGAAUGUUGAGUUGGAACUGGAUUUAGACCCUUUCUGAGGUGAUGGCAAUACUGUGACUUGUUGGUCCAGGUCUAAGUACAGUAUUUGAGUCAGGAUCUGGGUUUGACACCGAGUUCCACUGCAGGGUCCAGGUUUGCCCCUGUCAGGCUACCUUAGCUGGAUUUCCAGGAUGGARAAUUGCACUUCUUACAGAUUACACUCACUUUGAAAUAGCCUUUUCACAAUGUCCUAAAAGUCUUUUGCACAUUUGUGGUUCUUAAUGAACGGGAAGUUGUUUUUAGGGUGAGGGACCAAAGAAGAUUUAAGUUUGGUCAGGAGUUUCAGGGACAAAUGAAAAUGUUCCUGUUAAGUGAAUUCACCCAAAGCAGAUAUAUGUGUAUAGUUGUAAAGGGAGGAAGUGUCAGUCUAGAAUGUGUGUAGACUUCAGUCUUUUCUCUCCACAAAAGUCCACUCAAUAUCCAUUAAAUUUAUGUGCAUGGACACAGAAMUAACUGGCAAAAGCCAGGAAACCCMAGGUAUGAUGGAAUGGGGUUGGRCAGGAAGAUAUUUCUGGAAGCUUCCCAUGCUGUUCUGUCCUUGUGAGCAGGAGUUAUCCAUGUGUCAGACAGGUUGGAGCCUGCAGUGCCCGUGUGCCUUGGUGUGCUCRUGUCAGUGCUGGGAGAUUCAGAAGGAGUUUGAUUACUGUGGCCUAAUUACACCAAUGUGUAGAGCUCAGUCACUGAAUCAUCAGAUGCUUCCCCUGAACAAGAGUUCUGUUCUAGCAGUGUCUGUUUUUUGAAGGAAAAAAUGACAGAUCUUAAUAAUAAACACAGUAGCCAGAUGUGUAUUUACUGCAAUUUUAGCACCCACUGUGCUAAAAGUUGAUUUUUAAGUCAUUUUUUUGCCCUUGGUAGCUCAGAUUUGGGAGUGUUCAUGUUUCACCCCUCUGGCUGCUGUGCCAUACUUGUAAUUGUGGAGCAUUUUUGCUGUUCCACUGCCUCUGUGAAUGCCAAAUCCACCUGCAUGGACAGUGUUUGUUUCUGCACUCCAGUUCCUUGCUGAGGAAUAUGUCUGGAUGAAAUGGAAAAAAACGACUGCAUUUUGAAUUCAAGUGAACAUGUGGUAAUGGGGGCRAAUCAGUUAAUGUUGUCCUUUUGAAUAUCUGCCUGGUGAAGAUGACUGCAGAUUCAAUUUCCUCCUAAUUUAAUCAGCCUUGUUGCUUAUUGAAUGGAAGAGAGGAAAAUGUAACUUCCUAACUGUUCAUGGGGGAAAAAGGAUGAAAUUAUUUAUUAGGUACUAAGCUUUCUGUUUCCCUUUCAGACCAGUUCUGUCUGGUCACAUAAAUGCUAAUAYUCAGUCAAGUCACAGCUCUGCCUGCUUUCUAGAAGUCACUCAAUAGUUGUAGAAUAUGUUCCACAUGCAGCUCAGUAAGUAAAUUAAAAAAUUCCACCUUUCUGUCCUGAUCUGGGUUAUUAGCAGUUUGUAGCUCCAGAUAGUUUUUAUGCAAUGUAUUUUUUAUAAAUUCAAUUUUAUUAYUAUUGAAGUUCCAACACAUGGCAUCAAUAUGAAGAUGCAAAUUUAAUUCUGGUUUAGAGGAUACCAUCAAAUAGUACUURCAUAUUAAAAUUUUGUUUACAUCAGGUAGAGCUGAGUUUUAAAAUACCAGUUUUGAUUUCUGACUGACUUUAUCUCAAGUUUCCCUCACAACUCAAUAAAUAAUUUGCCAUUAUUCUAUAUUGRAUGAUGAAACACAGGUACUGAAAUGACAAGUGUUUUUAAAUUUAAUUUUAGUAUUUUUCCUCUCUAGUAGAGUUGGAAAUUCYUGCCUUCUAAGAUUCUCAACCACAUUUUUGUAAAGACAACCAGUGUCCCUACAUCUGAUGUGGUUUCUGACUGUGCUGUUUAUACAUUGGAUAAAUCUGCUGCUCAAUAUCUGAAAUUCGAUUGGGAGGGAAAGGAUCCAGAGCUGAAAAAGCUGCUGGAUUUAUUCAUUCACCUGUUUGGGCUUUAGUACAAGAGCUCAGAUUUGAUCUCUUGAGACAGAUAAUGUUCCAUGGAUGAAUCCCAGCACCAAUGCACAGGGCUUAGGCCAUGAUAACUGUUUGUAACAAAAUAACAUGGAAAUGAGGUAACUGUAAAACAUUUGUUGUACCAAAUCCUUGUUUUGAAUAUUCCAGAACUCGCUGUGUGAUUUUUAAACCACUUGUACAGAAAAGCUUUUGUUGAGAACUUGCACAACUGUCCAGGAGGAUGUUCAGUWAAUCUCUCUCUCCAAGGAGAGAUUCUUUUCAGGUACUUUUAACUCUAAAUAUUGUUUUAACACUGUGUUCUCAACUCYGUUGCAAAUUUUAUGUAUGAAGGAUGAUGCAUGUAUUUCAUGCACUUUUAAUUUGCAGAAAGUCUCGUGGACCUCUCUAGCUCCAAAGCUAUGAAGUGAUUUUUCUUUUCAUGUGAAGAAAGAUUCGAUGCUUUUGAAAUGUGGCACAUACAAACAUCUUUGCUCMUAAAAGAUCUAAAACUGAA